CGGGCGGGGGCCGGAAGUGCGGGCGCAGCUACAGCGCGGGUCGGGACCGCGGUCGUGGGCGGGGGCCGGUCCUGCACCGGGGUCGGGCUGCAGCUCCCGGCGGCCAGCAUGAAGCGGGACGUGCGCAUCUUGCUGCUGGGCGAGGGUCCCCCCCCGGGCAGAAGAGAUCACCAUUCCCGCGGACGUCACCCCAGAGAAGGUGCCCACCCACAUCGUGGAUUACUCAGGCUGAGCAGACAGUCGAGGAGCUCCAGGACGAGAUUCACAAGGCAAACGUGGUGUGCGUGGUGUAUGACGUGUCUGAGGAGGCCACCAUUGAGAAGAUCCGAACCAAAUGGAUCCCACUGGUGAAUGGGGAUACCAAGAGGGGACCCAGGGUCCCCAUUAUCCUGGUGGGCAACAAGUCGGACCUGCGGCCGGGGGGCUCCAUGGAGGCUGUGCUGCCCAUCAUGAGCCAGUUCCCCGAGAUCGAGACCUGUGUGGAGUGCUCGGCGAAGAACCUGAAAAACAUCUCAGAGCUGUUCUACUACGCACAGAAGGCCGUGCUACACCCCACUGCUCCCCUCUAUGACCCUGAGGCCAAGCAGCUGAUGCCCAAGUGCGCCCAGGCCCUCACACGCAUCUUCAGGCUCUCAGACCAGGACAUGGACCAGGUGCUCAGUGACCAGGAGCUCAACGCUUUCCAGAUGUCCUGCUUCGGGCACCCUCUUGCCCCGCAGGCCCUGGAGGACGUGAAGAUGGUGGUGAGCAAGAAUGUGGCAGGAGGCGUGCAGGAUGACCGGCUGACCCUGGACGGCUUCCUUUUCUUGAACAUGCUCUUCAUCCAGCGAGGCCGCCACGAGACCACGUGGACCAUCCUGAGGCGCUUUGGCUAUGGCGACUCGCUUGAGCUGACGGCCAACUACCUCUGUCCACCAGGAGGUGCCCUGUGGAGCACAAGGAGGUGUGCACAUCCCCACCCCCAUCCUGGCACCCGCAGGCUCCGUGUGCCCCCCGGAUGCAGCACCGAGCUCAACCACCGCGGCUACCAGUUUGUGCAGAGAAUGUUCGAGAAGCAUGACCAGGACCGGGAUGGCGCCCUCUCGCCAGCAGAGCUGCAGAGCCUCUUCAGCGUGUUUCCUGCUGCUCCCUGGGGGCCCCAGCUCCCUCGCACGGUCCGCACCGAGGCCGGUCGGUUGCCCCUGCACGGGUAUCUCUGCCAGUGGACUCUGGUGACCUACUUGGACGUCCAGCACUGUCUUGAGCACCUUGGCUACCUGGGCUUCCCCACCCUCUGCGAGCAGGAUUCCCAGGCCCACGCCAUCACAGUCACCCGGGAGAAGAGGCUGGACCAGGAGAAGGGACAAACGCAGAGAAACGUUUUCUUGUGCAAGGUGGUGGGGGCCCGCGGAGUGGGCAAGUCCUCCUUCCUGCAGGCUUUCCUCGGCCGUGGCCUGGGGGAUGCUGGGGAGCCUGCCGGGGAGCCCUCUGCCUACACCAUCGACACCGUGCAGGUCAACGGGCAGGAGAAGUACCUGAUACUGUGUGAGGUGGGUGCAGACAGCCUCCUGACCGCCUCGGCCGACGCCACCUGUGACAUUGCCUGCUUGAUGUUUGACAGCAGGCACCCCAGGUCCUUCUCGCUGUGCGCCAGUGUCUACAAGGCAAGCGCCACUACAUGGACAGGCAGACCCCCUGCCUCUUCGUCUCCUCCAAGGCUGACUUGCCCGAAGGCGUCUUGCUGCCUGGUCUGUCUCCGACUGAGUUCUGCCGUAGGCACCGGCUGCCCGCCCCCGCCCUGUUCUCUUGUGUCGGCCCAGCCGAGCCCCGCGCGGCCAUCUUCACCCGGCUUGCCACCAUGGCCACCUUCCCGUGGGUACCAGGAUCGAAGCCCCUGUGUGGGAGACCCCUCCCUGUCCCAGGAGAGUGGCACAGCUGUGGUGUCAGGACUGGAGUCAGUCAAGGUUGCAGGGUGGGCCUUGGUGCCCAUGCCGAUGCCCAGGCGGGGCCCUCGGGGCCUGGCCUCACAGGCUGCCCUCUCAUCUGGGGGUCCUGCCAUGCUGGGCACUGACACGGAGCAGCUGAGUGGGGCUCUGGGACUUUGUAGGAGACGGAGGUGGGGGUACAGCAGCAAGACUCCCCUCUCUCCUGCAGACACCUUGUCCACGGGGAGCUGCACGCCACCUCCUUCUGGCUCCGGGUGGCGCUGGGGGCCGUCGGGGCUGCCGUCGCUGCCGUUCUCAGCUUCUCACUCUACAGGGUCCUGGUGAAGAGCCGAUGAGGCCCCGGACCCCGCAGUCUGAUCUCAGGGUGCUGGUGUGGGGCCACUUGCUUGGGGGGGGGGGAUGGAGACCCUCUCAACUUUGCUCCUGAGGACAGUUCACCUGCUGCCCCACCCCUGCCUCAGCCCCGAGGGUGGCCCCAGCUCCCAGCAGCCUGUGUCCGGCCUUGCUGCAGGUGCCGGGCAUGACCCUCUUUUGUGGGCAUCAUGUGUUGGAGGGACCGGGAGGUGUGGGUGAGGAAGUCAGUGACCUCAGACCCGAAUUCUCAGGGCUCCACUCCUCCUUCCUGGUCCCAUGUGGCCAGAGGGUAUGAAGGGGGUAAGAAGGCAGAGCUUUGGGCCAAAGGCAGGGGCAUGGAGGCAAGAAAUGGCUGGACCAUUGUGCGCGCCCCCACCCCCCAAUCUGAAGACAGGUCCAGGGCUGUGCCUCUCCCAGAAGACGUAUGAGAUUGGGUUUCCUGAUUAAACUUCACUUGUGUCUUUUCCA